AUGUCAAUGUUAGAUUCCAAAUCAAGUGUUGAAGAGGAAGUCAGCACUGAGAAAACACCGCCGGUUGCGGACGUUGAUGAUGACUAUCCCCACGGUGCCCGCUUAGCUAUCAUUGUUCUGUCACUGAUGCUGGGCAUGUUCCUUGUUGCCCUUGACAAUACCAUCUUAGGCACGGCCAUACCAAAGAUCACCGAUGAGUUCCACGACCUUAACAAAGUUUCAUGGUACGGAUCAGCAUACUUCAUGACGUUCGGCGGCUUCCAGUCAACCUGGGGUAAAGUGUACAAAUACUUCCCUGUCAAGAUCUGGUUUAUCAUUGCCAUGUUCGUCUUUGAGGUCGGAAGUCUUGUUUGCGCAGUGGCCCAGAAUCCCACCACUUUAAUCGUUGGCCGAGCCAUUGCAGGCGUAGGAGGGGCUGGCGUCGCCGUCGGAGUCUUCACUAUGCUCGCAUUCGCAGGGCCGCCUGAAAAACGCCCGGUGCUGCUAGGGUUUACGGGAGCCACCUAUGGUAUCGCCGCUGUGAUGGGGCCGCUUAUUGGGGGCGCUUUCACGGACAAAGUGACUUGGCGGUGGUAUUUCUAUAUCAACUUGCCUAUUGGAGGGCUGGCUGCAGCGGUUGUUCUUCUUUUCUUUAAGGCUCCUGCCAGUGCGGUGCCUGCGAAGGCCACGCUGAUGGAGAAGAUGAUACAGAUGGACUUUGCUGGCGCAGGCCUGAUGAUGGCGUUGAUCAUUUCGUACAUUCUCGCUCUACAAUAUGGUGGCCAAACACAUUCUUGGAAGAGCAGCGAGGUGAUUGGGCUGUUGGUUGGCGUUGUGCUCAUCUCUGUGGCUUUUGUAUUUUGGGAGAGGUACCAACAGGAACGCGCAAUGAUCGUUCCCCGACUGUUUCUGAAGCGAUAUGUCUGGGUUGGCUCCAUCUAUAUGUUUUUCUUCGCCGGCGCGUACUUUAUCACUCUCUACUACCUCCCGAUAUACUUCCAGAGUGUCUUCAACUCCAGCCCGAUUGGGUCCGGUGUCCGAAUGCUCGCCCUGAUUAUUCCCCUAACAAUCGCAGCCAUUGUGCAAGGAAUGGCGCUUGUCAAGAUUGGUAUUGUUCCAUUGUUCUGGAUCAUCGGGGGAAUACUCGGCACAGUUGGAGCCGGGCUCUUCUACACUAUGGAUGUCGACACCUCCACGGGCCAGUGGAUCGGUUUCCAGAUUAUCGUCGGCUUCACAGUAGGCUGGACAUUUCAGGUCGCUUUGUCGAAUGGGCAAGUGCAUGCCUCACCGGAGGACAUGUCCCAGGUCACUGCGAUCAUCAACUUCUCUGUGACAGUCGGCGGUGCCAUAUUCCUCUCGGCAGCGCAAUGCGUAUUCAAUAACCAGCUGCUCAAAGAACUUGCGGCGACGCUCCCCGAGAUUGACCCAGCAAUAGCCCUGGCGACAGGUGCGACCCAGAUUCGAGAAGCCUUCGAACCCAACCAAAUUCCUCUUGUUAUUAGUGCGUACAUGGUCGGGCUCAAGGCUGUCUUUGCAAUCAUUAUUGCAGCUUUUGGAAUUGCAACGCUGAUCGGCGGGUCUUUAGGCAGCUGGAAGAGGCUGCAUAAGGAUUCGCUGGCGAAGGCUGCUGGGGGUGCUGCGUAG